AAAUACCACUGGAUCGGCUUUAGAGCAUAUGAAGAGGAUUGAUGAUGCUGUAAAUGAGAAAGAGUCCAAGCAUAUUUCUGCAGUAGUGUCACUAAUCAGUAAUGCUUCUAAUAGGAAUGAACAACAUGACAUGGAGAUCAAUUCUGCUCAUGUUGUAGCAGAGGAAAAUGUAGGAAAGAACAGCAAGGAUCUCUUUGAGCAGUUUGAUGGUAAAUGUAUGGUUUCAUUGCAUAGCAAAAUUGGUUGCAAAAAAGCAGCAAAAUUCUUUUAUUACUGGCAUUCUGAUGUGUGUGUCCAUUAGCAAUCUGGUUUUAGAACUCUACUCUUUACCAUUUUAGCUUGUUUCAUGCCUCCCACCAUAUUCAACCUGUUCCUGCCACAAAAGAAGAGGUGUGAUUUCAUUUUAAGCGUUUCUGUUUCUUCUUGGCAGUUUACUAAUCUAACUCCUUGUGAUAAAUUUUGAGCUUCUACCAUUUCUGGUUAGAAGAUUUGAUGUGAAGGACUAUGAGACUGGGGUUUGGGAAUCCUGACUGGAAGAGGACACAUGAGGAGGCAGAAAAGACUGCAGUUGUGGUUACUACACUGCUAAAAAUGGUGCUACUUGUGUUGGCAAAACCGUUAUGGAUGAAUUGCUUAACAGUUUUUAUUUGGGUAGGGACUCGAUUAAGAGUUCUUUAUUUUUGUGUACUAAGUAAAAAAACUUGUUCUGCUCAAAUGUGAACUUGAUCUGCUCAAAUGUGAACUUGGACAGAAUGGUAAAUUAACUGAACUUGAUCGACAAU